AUGUAUAGGCAAUAUAUAGCUCCUAGCUCCUAUCGCCCCUUUGGCCCCCGCCACCGACCCUCUCGCCGCCCUCGACUAGUAGCAGUAGCGCCUCUAGCCCUGCCCUACGCGCUCUACGCGCUCUAUGUCUACUAUUACUACUACUACUACUACUACUACCAACAAAGGCGCUAUUGGCGACUAGCCCCCUUCGCCCCCCUAGCUUCUAUUGCCCUUAGCCAUACUAGUAGUAAGAACGUUGUUGGGUCCUUAGGUACAAAGUCUUUAGCUAAGAAGAAGAAAGAGGAGCUCGACUAUAGGAUAUAUAGGCUUGCUACUUCUAAGAGAAUCUAG